CACAACAGCUUUUAAUGUACACAUAAUAUUCAAAUUUACACAUCUGAACAAUUAAUCAUCAAUUAUGAACGACAUUGGCAAUUGAAACUCUGCUCUGUGUAAACUGUCGAUGAUCUUGUGAUCAUCUAAAGCUUAAUUGUGAUUAGCAAACUAGAAAUUAUUUAUAUGUAUGAUAAUAUUACUUUGUUGGUUAUAAGUAGAACUUCUCAAUGCAAACAUGUUCUUAUCGAUUGCCCCGCCAUUGAUGGACUUUGAAGACGAAUUGAUAUGGAUUAACCAACUAAGCAAUCAAAAUCUGACUGUGUUAUAUGAUAAAUCAAAUUAUGUUACGCCCAACACGAAACUCCUUAUAGAGCAAGCAUUCAUCCAGCCUCUCAGUUUGCAAGAUCAGCAAAUUCUAUUUGAUGAUCUGCAAAAGCAAAACAGAAAUAUUGCACAUCAAUAUGGACUGACACCGGCUAAACUACCUCAGCUUGUUGAAAACAAUCCACUCAUUUCGAUUGAAAUUCUACUGAAACUUAUGUUAACUACCGACAUAACAGAAUAUUUCAAUAUUUUGGUCAAUAUGGACAUAACUCUGCAUUCAAUGGAGGUGGUUAACAGAUUAACAACUUCUUGUCCGCUGCCGACUGAAUUCAUUCACUUAUACAUUAGCAAUUGUAUUUCUGCUUGCGAGACCGUUAAGGACAAGUACAUGCAGUCGCGCUUGGUUCGAUUAGUUUGUGUUUUUCUACAAUCCCUGAUUAGAAACAAGAUUAUAAAUGUUAAGGUGCUGUUUAUUGAAAUUGAAGCGUUUUGCGUUGGGUUUAGUAAAAUUAAAGAAGCUGCAGCUUUGUAUCGCCUAAUAAAACAUUUGGAAACCGGAGAUACCAUUCAAACCGCAAAUUCCUUAGCGAAACAAUGAUUUUAAAGCUGUAAAUAAUAAAACAAACUUU